UUUUGCCCGGUCCAGUUAAUUCCGGACCGGUUUCACCCGUAGCUCUAAACCCCAAUUCCCCGAAGAAGAAUCACGACGAGCUCUAUCGCCCACCUACGAAUCCCCCAUUCUAUUUCUAGCCCUAAUUUCUACUCUAAACUCACGAAUCCACCAAAUUCCCAAUUUCGAAGUAAACAAAAAGUUAUUUUUAUUACAACAGGACGAUUUGGAGCAAGUUCUCUCCUUGAUUGAUCUGAAAUAUGUCAUCUCCGAGAUCGCAGCAAGCUUCGGAUUGCUUCGGUGAUCUUCUUGAUUGCAUUAUAGCCGACGUUGCGUCGGAAUGUCACCGAAUUGCGCGGCUGGGCCUCGAUCGGAAUCUGGAAGAGGAGGAGGAGGAGCUGCGGCGGUCAGUGCAGGCGCGGGUGGCCGAUCAGAGUAGUGGCGGGGAAGCCAAUGGCAAGAAUGUGGUCGACAUAUUCGGCCAGACGCAUCCCGCGAUCGCCAGCGAGAUCUUCGAGUGCAUGAACUGCGGCCGGCCCAUCGUGGCCGGGCGCUUCGCUCCGCACUUGGAGAAAUGCAUGGGAAAGGGUCGCAAGGCUCGUGCAAAAGCUACAAGAAGCAGUACAAUUGCACGAAACAGGCAUUCUCGUGGCAGUCCGGUUUCAGUGUAUGCUCCGUAUUCAAGCGCUACAAGCACUCAUAGAGUUCCUAAUGGCACUGUAGGUGGCAUAGGGGAGGAGUAUGCCGACCAUGCUUUUGAGGAACCAUGAAAUCACUGUACAAAGUUUCAUUAUCUUUGACUCUUACUGGUCAUGAAAAAAUGAUUGGUUUAUAAAGUACAAUGUUGUCUGGCGCUAUUCUGUGAGCUCAAUA